AUGCUGAGCCAGGAGUUCUUGCAGAAACUGAGGUUGCCAGACCUGGAAGAUGUCAGCCAGUACGUCAGCAAUAUCUCCACCCCCAUGUUGGUCAGCAUGGGGGCAGUGGCUGCUGCGACAACCUACUACCUGGCUACACGACCCAAGCCCCUCCCACCUGCCUGUGAUCUCAGCAUGCAGUCAGUCGAGGUUGCGGUAAGUUUAAGAGCAAAGUCUGUCUGUUAAGAAGUCAAGUAGUUUGCAACACAAAAGCAAAGCACUGUGAAAGGUUAGGCUGGAACAGUCAUAAAAGGUUUAAUAAGUAAACAGAACUUAAACAGAUAGACCUGUUGAUCAUGCAGGGGGGACACUGAAGAUCAUUUUGACUUUAGUGACUUUAUUACUAGUUGGAAUUAUGAUAUCAAGACAAGUUUGUGAUGGCCCCCAGUGAAGGAAAACUUCAUGUUUGUUGGUUAAUCCAGCAUGAACGACGCUGCAAUCACAGCAGCACCUGGGGGAUAAAACAGCAUGUUCAGGUUACGAAUAUCCAGGAUGAAGAAUGUUUUCGUUCCUCACAUUGGGUCUGUCUGAAGUUAUUACCCCUGCCCUCAAAUCUGGCUGCAUAGAUUCUUUCCUCCAGUCAGGGUGCCCUGUCUAAUUGUAUUUGCACAGAGGAGUUUCAAUUUUCGACUCCAGCUUUUUCUAUGACACCCAGGUGACCAACAGCUGGUCUUUUCUUUCUCUUGCUGACUCAGAAAAAGUCAUCCAUGAAUUGUUUUUUUCUGGAUUUAACUGUUCACUAAUUUACUGAGAUUAUCCAACGACCAGCCUUUGCUGCCUUCACUGGCUCCCUGUCAGUUUGAGAGCAGAUUUAGUGAUUUGACUGUGUGUUUUAAAACUCCAGCCUGUACCUGUACACUGCUGUGAGCUGCUGUUUGUCCUCAUUGUUUUGAACUUGGUGUUUUGGUAUUUUGUUCUCAUGGCUGUAACAGUUUGCUACCUUGUUUUCAUUUUUGUUUGAUUUGUUUGUAAUCUAAUUUUAAAAGUGCCAUAUAAAAGAGAUGAUCAUUAUAUUGUUUUGUAUUUAUUUCAGUCAUGAUGAAAAUACUUAAUAAAACCUGUCAGGACAUGACAAGAAAAAAAAAACAUUUGCUGAAAUGGUUUUGGUUCCAAACCUGGUAAACCAGCAUCAAAUGAAAUGCUGAUAUUUUAUUAACUUGUCUCUGUUACUGUUUGUGUGAAGGACACAGAAACUGUUGGCGGGUUUAUUUCAGGAUGAGUUGUAGCUUCCAUAUUUCAUGUUUUUCUUCCAAACAGGGUGGAGAGUUUGCACGCAAAUCUGUUCUGAUGGACGGAGACACUUACUUGACACAUUACUACGACGAUGGCAAAACCAUGUAUGAGUGCUUGCUCAGAGGGGCCCGAGUCUCCAGUAAGUUCCUCAACAGUCUUUAAACUUCAGUGACUGCAGCUGAAUGAAGAUUCAUCUAUAUUUACUGACACUACAGCUGAUGCUUGACGCUGAAAUUUUGGCUCUAUUAAAAAUAGAUAUUAUUGUUUCAUCAACCACUGAAAAGCUUUCUUGACUUUAUUGAACCAGUGUACAACUUCCUCACAUUUUUGUUGUGAGAUGUAUUAUCAUCUUAUUUGACUGUUUUUUCAGAUUGGUAGCAUAUCCAGUAAAUGUCAAAUGUGAUGGACAGUAAGAAAGACAGAGGAGCAGAUCAGCUCAUCUCUGGGUUUUGGGUUGAUUUUGUUUUCUCUUUUCUCCAAAGAUAAUGGUCCCUGUCUGGGCGCCAGGAAACCAAAGCAGCCUUAUGAGUGGAUGUCCUACAAAGAGGUAAGACUCACCACAAACAUAUCACCUUAUAAAACAUAAAAUCUUCAAACUUGACCACAGAAGGGCAAAAGGUUUCAGGCAGACCUGACUGUGGUUGAAACACUAGUGGUGUUGUUGUUGGGGCAGGCAUGACCAUAGUGGGUUGUCCAUGUGUGAAUGUCAGUUUCCUGUAUCAAGUACGGUAGACCUAUACUAUACUGCCCAAGACUGUCUUGAACCCCUUUUCAUCAAAUCUGGGCUAUAGGCAGCUCUGACCUGAUGAAACAUGGACUUCACUAGACCUCUGAAGCUUUGUGCAAAGAGUGGCAAACAGUAAAUGUUUGUAUCUCUCUGUCUCUAGUCUCCUGACCAGUCAAAGCUCUUUUACAUCACACAUGUCUCAUACAUCCAUUCACACCACAUUCACUUACUGAUGGCAGAGGCUGAUAUGUAAAGAGUCCAUCAGUUUUGACUAAUCUCAUUCACAUACCUCUGGGCACAGCCAGCAGGGGCAGGUGAGUCAAGUGUCUUGUCCAAGGACACUUUGGCAUGUGGACAGCUCUGGGAUUGAACCCCCAACCUUUUGGUGCAGAGACGACUGACUCUGUCCUUGAGCCACAGCUGUUCCAGACACUUAUUUACUUCAAGCUAUGAGCGAAGUCCUCCUUGGAUUAGACUGUUGUCUGACAUAUCCCACAGAUGCUGGAUUAGAUGGAGGUCUGGGGACUUUGGAGACCAAGUCAACCUUCUGAACUUGUUGUUGUGUACCUCAAGGCUUUCAUCAACUUUCAUCAACAAAGUUCAAAUAUUAAUGACAUAUCUCACUCUGUGACAGGUGCCAAUGUAAAGAGAUAACCUGUGUCACUCAUGUCACGAGUCAGUGGUUAUGAUGUUUAGGCUGACUACUGAAAAUGGAAAACAGCAUAAUGUCUCUAUUGUUAGAAAAUAACCCCGAUGAAGUCACCAAGGUCUACUCUAUGAGCUCAAGACAAAGUUUCAAACAUCUUUCUAUAAUGGUUGAGGUUUCAAACAUCCUUAAAUGUUAAAAUAUCUUCAGUCUCCUAACUCUGUGGCUGUAGCCCCUGUGUGAUAAUAACUGUUAGGCUAAUGUAUUAUGCUCCACGAUAAGUCCUCAAACAUUGAUACAACCUGUGAUCGACUCAUGUCUCUGACACAGCCUAGACUCUCAAAACUCUGAAAACAGAAGCUAAAAACUGUAACGCUUUUUAUUUCAUUUCUAUUACACUGAAAAUAGUGUUACAAUAAAAUGAUUGUAGCUCAGAGGACUUUAUCUCAAAUAAAUGUGUGUUACAGUAUGCAGGGCAGCAUAGGAAGUAAUGUUGUUUUACCGUCAGUCCCAUGUAAGACGCUUUACUAUCAAACACUUAGAAAUGACCAACAGUAUUUAAGGAGGUAAACACAGGAGCAAAGUCAACUGUCAAAUCAAUGUAAGAUUACACAUUUACUGUUAAAACAAAGGGACAGACUAUAUUUGUUUGUUUUGUGUGUGUGUGUGCGCACGUGUGUGUGUUAGGUCAUAGAGCGAGCAGAGAACCUGGGUUCAGCAUUUCUUCACAAAGAACACUCCAAGACCACCGACCCCUUCAUUGGCAUCUUCUCUCAGAACAGACCUGAGGUACAUACUCUCAUGCUUUUCUCUCUCUGUUUCCAGUUCUUUUUAAAUAAACAUUAAAACACCUGAGAAAGAAAGAUGGGUUUCUACGACCCAUUCUUUCCAACUCCCCCCAGUCGUUGUCUGUCCCCUUUCUCCAGUAAGAUAAAUAUCUGCUCCUCACACUAGCAAUAAUUAGAACUGAAGAAGCUUCUUGGAUAAGAGGCGAAACGUCUCCUCAGCUCUACUCAGUCCAGUUGCCUGUUUUUAAGUCUUCAAGGCUCUAAGAGAGAUGACAUGGAGUGGUUCUUUACAAACUCAUUUUGAACAAAAAUCACACAAAAACUUUUUUUUUUUUCAAGAACAUCUUUGUUCACUUAAAACUGUGAUAAUUUUUUUUUUUUUAUUAGUCAUUGUCGAUUAAUUUCAUACACACAUUUUAAGACACAAACGCACUGACAACAUUUUUUAUGGAUAUCUGGAGUUAUUCAUUUUUUUGUAUCUAAUUAUGUUUUUUUUUUUUAUAUUACGUUUUGAGUUUCUAUACUAAGUUACCUUUUCUGGCCCUGACAAGUAUCACAAAUAUAACAAAACAUAUAAAGCUAAAUAAACUCAAUCUAGGCAUUGAAAAACAAAACUCACUUGUGGAAACAAACCAGCAUUUAUAACUAUAUUUAAAACAAACAAACAAAAAAUCAUGUAAAAAAAAGUAAGGCAGCUGCUUUUCAUCUUUGCCUCCUGCUGACCAGCUGUCUGGUGAGCAUGACACACAGUGACCCAUGUGACCCCACAGCGUUCACCUCCUGCACAACAGAUGAUAAUCCAUCUCCAAGAGCUGCAGACUGAUUUUAGCUGGUGCCUCACAUUGUGGCCUUGCAGGCUGAUAUUGGACUUUGAAAAGUCAGGUUUCUGUUAGUCAUCAUUUAUAUCUAAUUAUAAACUCAGAAAGAGCUACAUUAAUGACGUAACGCAUGAUGUAACAGCAGGAGAGCAUAAACCUCACAUCUACAGUCUUUGCUGUGUUUUAUGAUGUUUUGACUGUACAUAUGAACUGUAUGUGUUUGUGUUAAGUGGACCAUCAGUGAGCUGGCGUGUUACACCUAUUCCCUGGUGUCAGUCCCUCUUUACGACACACUGGGAACAGAAGCCAUCACCUACAUCAUCGACAAAGGUAAGGGCCGCAGACACAGCCUUUCCUGCUCUUGUUUUUGUUGAUGAAUAGCUGCAGCUGUGGCUGCUCUGAACUCUCUGCAUGUGUUUUGUAUUUUUUCCUCAGCUGCCAUCGCCACCAUCGUGUGUGAUGUGGUGGAUAAAGUCAACCUGGUCCUUGAAUGUGUGAAGGACAGGGAACACUGUGUGAAAACCAUCGUGCUGAUGGAGACCCCAAGUGAAGACCUUGUUAGCCGGGGUCAGCAGGCCGGGAUCCACAUUCUCAGCAUGCAGGAGAUGGAGGUCAGCACAGAGAUUUUGUCCACAACUCUCCUGAUUCUGUUACUUCAACUUCUCUUGAGUCACUUAGACAUCAUAUACAGACACAAACAACAAUAUCAACAUGCCAAAACAGAGAAGAACUCCUGGAGGGCUACCUUAGCUAGAAGAUAAUCCACAUACAGAGGUCUACUAAUGUUCAAAGAGAAUCACAAAAGGAGGUACCCUUUCCCCUUAUUUCCCACUUCUUGGUAAAGGCUGCUCCUCUAAGCUAAUCCUCUGCAUCACACAGAUUUCUUUGACUAUCUCAGUCCAUUCUCUAAGGUUUGGGGCUUAAGGCUAUCACAUCCCUUGUAGACCCUUAAGAGAAAUUAAAGAACUAAGUUACUUUCUAAAAGUAAAACUUGUUUUCAAAGUUUUUGAACAUGCUCAAAAAGAGUGAUCAGCUUCCGCAUGUCCUUACUGACUCUUUCCUUCUUUUAUUCUGUAUUUGAUUUUAUUCCCUGUUGCACAGGCUCUUGGGAAGGCCAACCAUCGCCCACCUGUGGUGAGUAGACACUGGCCUGUUAAAUUUCUCUCUAAACCUCUCAGAUAAUUCAUUUAUUGAUGCUACAGGAUGCUAGUUUAUAUUUAACCUUUACCAAAAUACAAAAAGAGAUUGAACACAAACCGAACUUGAACCUAGCUCAAGAACUUGGAAAAUACGCCCAAUGCUACAGCGCUACAGAGUAAUGGAUCUGGAAGGUAGAGAAUAUUUAAACACAUUCAAACCGAGUCAUCAGAAACCUUGAGGUGCAAAUGUGCAUAUGUACGAUGGAGAAUAAGGGCCACAUUUAGUAUUAAAAAAAUCUGAAAUUUUAAAAAUGAAUGUGUGAAUUUACAAGAAGAAAAACUUUAUUUAUGAGAAUAAACUAUUCAGUUGACAAGAUUGAAGUGGAUCAGGAAGUAAUUUACGAAGAAAAACUGAACUUUUUAGGACUAUCAGUCGCUGCAGAAGUGUGCACAGGCUGCCCACUGGCCUACCUUUAUUUAUAAUGGACUCAGUCUCUUCAACUGUUUUUGUUUUUUUCCAGAAUCCCGACUUGUAUGUGAAUGUCGUGCGGACAUGUUAAAAGAUAGUUUUCAGUCAUGAAUAAAACCUAAAUUUGAGUUUAACCUCUCAGGGUGGCAUUGGUUCAAGUUAUUUUCCUCCAAAGUAAAUGUUCAUACAUUUUUUAUUAUAUUCUUCAUUUUACAACUUCAUUUUCUUUAUCAUUUUAGAUCUUGUUCUCACUCUUUUGUGCAUUUGUAAUAACCAAACAGGUUAACAUACAACAGUAUGUGAGAAGGAGAGCUGUCUCUGUGAAAACAUAUGUAGAAUGGGAAUACUUCAGAGCCUUUCUUCAGCCUUAGAACAAUGAUAGUGGUGUUUAGCCUUGUGUGGCACUGCUCUUAUUUUAACCUCACCCCCUCCAGCCUCCAAGACCAGAGGACAUGGCUGUCAUCUGCUUUACCAGUGGAACAACAGGUAACAUUAUUAGAUACUCACACAUGAGUAAACGCAAAGACAGAAUCACAGCCCCAAUACAAUCUCUAAAAAUAUCAGAAAAUUCUACAAAAAACAACUAAACCAGAAGAUGUGCGUGCCUGCUGUUUUCUUUCAGGAAACCCAAAAGGAGCCAUGCUGACUCAUAGGAAUAUUGUGUCCAACUGCUCAGCCUUCAUCAAAGUGGCAGAGGUGAGGCUGGAGUAAAAAAACACUGAGCUGUGUGAAAUCAGGAGGUAGAUAGUAGAGAUGAUUGAAAAUAAAGGGAUAGUUCAGAGUUUUUAAGGUAGGGGUUGCUUGAGGUUCUUAUCACAAACUGAAAGUGUGUACAAAAUGAUUCUUCAACCAAUGGGCCCAUGUGAUGGCAAACUGCAGAGGGAAAUGUGAAGAUAUAGCAAACACUUUCACCAACACUGGUAUUUAGGUCUCAAAAUCAGCUAAAUUCUGGGGUGUAGAGGACCUCAUUCACUUUGUUUUUUGUUUUUUUUUUGUCCAUUUUACUUGGAUAUUUUUUCCCUAUGGUUUUCCAAUAAAGAGACCAAGUUGACCAGGAUCUCUGUGGGUUCUAACUUCCCAUUGACAAGUGUCUCAUAUAGCCCCGCUACGAAAAAACUGUCUCUUUAAAUCUCAUUUAGAAUUUUCUUUGUUGAACGCCACGUCUUUCACGUGAUAUUUUGAUACAACAGUUUACAUCUAGCAGAAGUUUAGUUGCAUCAUAAACAUGUGCCGACUGAAAUAUACAUUCAGUUAUUAAUGCUGGUCUGCUUCCAACAGAUUUUCAAAGGAGUGAAGAAAACAGAUACCAGAAUGUAAAUUGUUUGAAAGAAGAGGUUACUGUUGUUAAAUUACCCUCUUGCUUUUAGUCUCAUGUUCAGACCACCUCAGAUGAUGUCAUGCUGUCCUUUCUGCCUCUGGCCCACAUGUUUGAGAGAGUUGUAGAGGUAAAAACACAGAUUCUGAAUGAUCUCUCUUCCUGUGUUUGUGUGUGUUUCCCUGUGUCUUUGUCCCGGUCCCCUCCUUUGGUGUGUGUUUGUGUUCCUGUGUGUCCUUUUGUCUGCAUGUUUGUGUUCCUCGGUACUGGUAUGUUUUAGGUCCGCUGUCCAAUGUCUCACAGAGAUGUCCACAUUUCCUUCCUGCCCUUGGCUCAUAUGUUUGAAAGAGUAGUCCAGGUAUUGUCUUCACCAUUAAUUCCCUUGGUCACUCUUUGUUUACGACUGAUUAGUACUCUUUAGAAUACCUUAAUGUCCACCUAUUUGAUGACAAACUCAUGAUUACUGAUUAACUCUCUACCUCUAUCACCUUCCCAUAAUUCUGACAGGGAGUCAUGAUAGUGCAUGGAGCCAGUAUUGGCUAUUUCCAGGGUGAUAUCCGUUUGUUGUCCGAUGACCUGACCACCCUUAAACCGACUGUGUUCCCUGUGGUUCCUCGACUUCUCAACAGGAUGUAUGAUAAGGUAGGUGGGUAGUACACAUGCUUUGAAACACCGUAACCCUGUUAGCAAUAAACAGCAAUAAACACGUUAUAACUCUCAUAACUUUACCUGGUAAUUAAAGUUCAUAAAGAACUUCUUCUGUGUAUCAUUCAAAAGUUUCUCUGAUUCUCAGUUCAGAAAACAUCAUAUUAAUACUCAUAGCAGGCUUAAGCCUGACUCAGAGCUCUGCAAGUCAAGUGACAGCACUGCAUGAGGUCAAUACAUGACUCUAUAACACAUUUAUAAGAGCUGAAAAGCAGAAUUUUGUGAUUAUAGGUUAAGUGUCAGACACAAAAACUUCACCACAAGAAUAUAUUUCUAUAACUUCGUUUUCUUUUGCAUUAACCCUUUAAUGCCUUUUGUAUCAUAUUUGAUACAUACUUUUAUAUACUUCUAUCAAAUCAAUACGAUCAACAAAUUACUAAAAAACUCCAGAAUACAGUCCGAUAAAUGUUAAAAUGUCCUCUUGUAGUUUAUUAUUUUCCAAAAACAUCUAAUGUAUCAAAUGAGAUAAAUAAAUAUAUUUGUUAAAUUUUUAGGACAUUUUGAUAUUUGUGGUUUUCAGUAGUAAGUGAAAUAAACAUUUCAGCUUAAAAAAAAAUUUAAUUUUCUGGCCAUAAUUUGUGGUGUCAGGCAUUAAAGGGCUACGGUAUCAUGGAUUAUUAAAAGCAUUACCCUCACUGCUAAUAACACUUCAGAAACAUUGCUCUAUGUUGUUUUGAUGCCUAUAAUGGUUCUGAUAAAUCCCUAUACAUGCAAGAAAAGGGGUUUUGUAAAUGUGUUAAGAGUGCAUUAUAGAGGUGGGCUCAUAUAAAGUGUUGCUGAAAGAAGAUGACCUCUAUUUUGAAUGAAUGUAGCAUAAACAGUCGGCUCUUGUGCAACAGUCGUGUCCUGAGACAUGAGAUGUAAAGUACAGCAGGUCAUCCUAAAAGCUUCAUGUUGUAACUUUUUUUUUUCUUUUUGCAAUGAUAGAAGAAAACUCAUCUAAUUGUUUCAUGACUUCACAUGAAAAGUCCAUCUGACUUCAUAACAACAUGAUGGCUGUUCUUGCAGACACUUUGUAGAGGGGGGUUGUGUAUGAAGUGCUCAAAUUGCAUGUUUAUGUCAUGUAAGUGUGCAACAUAUGCUUAAAGAGGGAGUGUAAUACUUAUUUUCCAGCGUUUUGUCCUUCAGAUAGCUUUUUGGUAGUUGUACAUAAUUUACAGCUCAUAAAAUCAUUGACUUACAUCAAGCUGGUCUCUUUAAAAAAAACCUUUUAAGUCUUAGUCUGAAAGGCUUCAGUCCAGCUUCUGUCUUUUUAAGAUCCCCUAGCGCUUCAAAAGCCCCCUCUACUGUUGCAGCUUUUGUUUGUUUAUUUAAAGUUACAUCUUACAAAAUCAGGAAUUAUGUUUUGGACCCCAAAUCUGGGCAGAGAAAUUUGCAAAGCAGGCUGCAGUCUCAUCAUGUGAUUACUCCAGCACACAAUCACCUCACUGAAACUUUCUCUGUGUUUAGUAUGUACAUCCAACAUUUAAUCUUGAUAUAUGUACUGUAUGAAAUGAAAAGGCAUGAUACCAUCACUUCAGGAAAAUGCUGUUUUACUUUAUCUAAUCUGUCUUCUCUACCUCAUGCCAUUGCCCCACAUCUGUAAAACUGGAUGCGUCUGAGGGCAUUUCCUGUACUUUUUUCACAUCCUCAAAGUUACUGCUGGAAAAAAAGCAGCAAACUCAUUUACUUCGAACAGCAACCCUAAUAACCUCUGAGAGUGUUAAUGACACUCCUUCUAAUAACCACUGCAAGUCAUCCUCAGGUGUUUUUGGCUUGUCUGUGUGCCAUUGCAGAUCUUUGGACAGGCCAACACCACUCUGAAGCGCUGGCUGCUGGGAUUCGCUUACAGAAGGAAGGAGGCAGAGAUCAUGAGAGGUAUUGUGAGGAGAGACAGCAUUUGGGAUCGACUCAUCUUCCGCAAAGUACAGGUGCGCCAUGCCAGCUAACUCUCACUUACAUUCACUAAUGUUUGAUGAAUGGGACCUUUUAUGUUUCGGAUGUGGCUGGUAAAAUAAACUGUGAGUGUGCUGCCCCCUACAGGCCAGCAUGGGAGGCCGCGUGCGUCUCAUGUUAACCGGAGCUGCUCCCAUCUCUCCUACUGUCCUCAGCUUCCUCAGGGCUGCAGUUGGCUGUCAGGUAACAUUCAAACUACAUCCUGAGCUACAGCACUGAAGCGCUUUAUUUCCAACAACAGGUGUAGAAAUGUAGCUUCUAUCUUAUCUGCAGCCUUGACAUGUUCUCAGCCUCACUGCUCUGUCUCCAGUUUGUGUAUAAUCUCCUGUAGCAGCAGCAGUGGUAAUGAUAGUCACAUCAAUAAAGACAAUAAUCCAGAUUUCCUUGUUUUCAGUUCUAUGAAGGCUAUGGUCAAACAGAGUGUACUGCAGGGUGCUCUAUUACCUCGCCUGGAGACUGGACUGCAGGUAAUAAUGAGUAAUAAUGCUUUCAUUUUACAGCUGCUUUAACCACAGUACAGACUUAAGAUCGAACUAUCAAUAGAUUUAAAAAUGAUAACAGUUUGGUUUUGUAUCUGAUUCAUCGAUGCUAUGAAGUAUAAAGACCCUUUAGGCCAUCUGUGAUAUUUUUACUAUGUUCCCAGGAUCAGAAUCAAACAACAGCCUUUAUGUGUCACAUCUGCUUUAACUGUCAGUCCAUUGAAAUCAGAGCAUCCGACUGUUUUCUUUUUCUUGAAGCCUUUUCAAUCACUGAAAUAUUAAUUUGUAAUUUGUACGCUGUACUUGUUAAACAGUACAGCGUGUGGUUUGUAGUGUGUGGUAUUGGUGAAGUGGUGAAUUGCUUACACACUGAGUGCAAAAACUAAACUUGAGUUGAAAUAAAUAGGUCAUGUUGGAGCUCCUCUACCCUGUAACUUAAUCAAACUGGUGGAUGUGGCAGAGAUGAACUACCUGGCUGCAAACGGGGAAGGAGAGGUGAAAAACAAAACAGCAAAUAAACAAACAAACAAAACACUCACAUGACAGAUGCUCUUGUCCUGGUGUUUGUUGUUUAUGACCAUGUUUUUGUUUUGUGUUCAGGUGUGUGUCAAAGGUCCUAACGUGUUCCAGGGUUAUCUGAAGGACCCGGAGAAGACUGCAGAGACAGUUGAUGCAGAUGGUUGGCUUCACACUGGAGACAUUGGAAAAUGGCUUCCUGUAGGUUAAGUUAUUGUUUCUCCUCACUUCACAUUCCUAGGUCGUCACACUUGAGUUUUUUGAGCUGAAGGAAGAACAUGUUGUGGGUUGUAUACAUUUGUGCAUCUUUGUAAACCACUACACAUUUCAUAAAUACUCGGAUAACACUAACCCUGUGUUGAUGUGACCACAGAAUGGCACACUGAAGAUUGUGGACAGGAAGAAGCAUAUCUUUAAGCUAGCACAGGGGGAGUACAUCGCUCCUGAAAAGAUAGAGAAUAUCUACACGAGGAGUGACGCAGUGGCACAAGUCUUUGUGCAUGGAGACAGUCUGCAAGUAGGUGGAGGAUUGGACUCUAUGAGCGACAUUUUAGAAGUUAUUCCUCAAUAUAGCCUUUCACAUUGUCAAAACAUUGUUCCUGUAUUUACUGUGUUUGUCUCUAGGCUUGUCUGGUAGCAGUGGUGGUCCCAGACCCAGACUUCCUUUCUGGCUGGACCAAGAGGAACCUGGGACUGGAGGGCAGCUACGAGGAGCUGUGUAACAGAGCGGUAAGUCCUCUUUUUCUUAUCUUUGUCUAUGCAUGUGUGAGUAAUCAGGGUUAGGGUUUCUUUGGGAGAAAGGUUAUGCAUAAACUGAAAAGAAAAAAAGGUAAUUUUUCAUAUUUGUAUUUCUGAGAAAGAAAUGAACAAAUAGGGCUACAAAGGUACAUGAAGAUGAUCUUUAUUUAAAAAACUCACUUUUACAGACUUGCUUUUAUGUGAUGCCGUCUAUUCUCUUUUUUCUUUUAUCUUUUAUACCUUGACUUUCUUUUUAGCCUUUGUUAUACUUAUAAUCUUUUCUUAUCUAACCUAUUAGACCUUUUUUUAAUUUUAUUGUUUUUUCUUGCUCACUUUUGUUAUUUUAUUUUAUCAUUACUAUUACCAUCAUUAUUAUUUUGUUAUGACUUUAAUAUCAUUAUAAAAAUAAUCUUUGUAUUUACUAUCCUGUUUUGUGCCCCCCCCCCUUUUUUUGCUGUAAAAAUAAAGUUUUAUUAUUAUUAUUAUUAUUAUUAUUAUUAUUUUUAUUUCCUGACUGCAGUGACCCCACCUUCCCUCCCACCGUUAAUAGUGCAUAUGUGUGACAUGGCUAAAUUCACAGCCAAAGUUGUACGCCUAAUGUUUACAGUGUUGUAGUUUUUCUGAAGUUCCUCUUUUCUUGUUUUUCUACAGGAGGUCAAAGCAGCCAUCUUGGAGGACUUGGUGCGACUGGGCAAGGAAGGUGGUCUGAAGUCCUUUGAGCAGGUAUGAAACUGGGUCAUAAUACAGCUAAGUUUUAAAGUAUCUGAACACAUCUAAGUUGUCUUGUAGACCUCUUCUCUGAGGCAUGUGAUGCUGUUUAACACAAUCUACCAACAUGUGUGUGUCCUGCAGGUGAAGGCCAUCUGCAUUCACAGCGAGCAGUUCUCAAUCGAGAACGGCCUACUCACUCCGACACUGAAGGCCAAAAGGAACGAACUGAGAUCAUACUUUAGAUCCCAGAUUGAUGAGCUGUACGCGGGGAUCAAAUUAUAAAGGACAGGAGCAAAAGCAAAGAAGAAGAUCUUGUACAGAAGAUCUACCAAAGGUGCAGAAUGAAGGGGAGGAGAAAGAAGGAGAAGCUUGACUACACCUAAAUGAAGAAGUCCUAAGAGACCAAGAGAAUCGUCAGCCUGUGAGGCACACGGAUCAGCAGGCAUAGGAGGUUGUAGGUUUAAUAGGUUUGAUUCAGAGCAUUUAGAACAACACAAACAGCCUAUCAGAUCUGUAGCAAAGAAUAUAA